CGCAGCUGGAUUUAUGUUUCAGAUAUAAAAGGUCGCAGUCUUAUUUCCUAUUUUUUAUUUAUCGUUGCAUGUCUGCUGGUACAUUAAAGGGAUUAUGUAUGCUUUAUCGGGACUUUAGUUUCAAAGCUAUUUCGCUUUUGGUCGUAUAGAAAUAAGAUCUUGUGGAUACUUGUGAAGUUGUCAAGUUAUACGAAGUGGUGUUUUUUUUUUCCCCAUGUUUUGUAAUUUGAGAUGAGCUUAAUUGUUUUUGUCUAUAAAACCGUUAUUGACAGCUAUCUAUUUUUAUAGAUCAGAGGUUUGCUAUUGAAGGUAUCUUGAUUUUAAAACAUUAACUGAAGAAAGACGCGUUUAUUUUAGAACGCAAAAACAUUCCUACACUGUCAGGCUAGGAUUACUCUACUUGCCGCCUUUAUUGAUAUACCAUUAAAGGGGAUAAUUUUACUAAGUGCGAAAACCCGUUUAUUUACAAACAGACAAACAGUUUGACAUUCAGGCUAGAGAGGAAGUGUCUGUAUAUAUACAGGAUUGUCGGAUUUACAAGUGAUUUGAUUUAAUUCCGUGUGGGUAAAUAAAAGUUCCCUCUGAUUAAAAAUGAUUUUUGAAAAGUUCUUUGAUAUAACAUGAGGAUAUGUAUCAUGACAGAAAGAAAGCAAAGGAUUGGCUAAUGUGUUACUAUGGCAACAAAGGAUUAUGGGAUAUGGUUUUUCCUGUUGUUGUUGUUAAUUCGUCCAGAAGAUGUCCAGUGCAGAUGUUUGAAGGAUAAACCUGCAGUCCAGUAUAAGAGGCAUUUGUUUUACCAUGGAGAGAGUAUACCUAUUGUUCUGGAGACCUCUAAGAGGGCGUCACAUAACAUCACCAACCACAUCCUGAAAAUCUUGCUCGAGGAAGAAGUGGGGUAUGAGAAGGUGGAAAUUAGAACAAAGGACUCAAUGAAUGCCACAGCCAUUAUGAACAGGAUCUCCGGCUGUCCUGAAACUGGGUGUUUGGACUCUACGAUAAGAAGUAGACCCGAGACAAUGGUUAAUACCGAGGUGUGGAUGAUGGCUGGAUUCAGUAGAGUUCCGUGGACAAGUCGAGGAAAUGUAAUAGAUCUUGGACCACUAGGGCCAUUUGGAAGGUUGGGUUGGUUUAUGCCGUCGAGCACCGUGGAUCGUCUGUGGAAAGACAACAUCAUUGCCGAUCACUGGAGGGCACUGAAUCUUCCGGCUGUGAUUCGAAACUUUACUCUAGCGGAACAGAUUGAUCGUAUUAAAAGUUUGACACAUACCGGUGAUCCGACUCAUAAAUAUUACUGUAACAGCGGAGACUGUGUUGAAGGAAUCUACUAUGGCCCCAAGUGCAGCCCAACAAACAUGUAUACAUGUGCUACAUUGCUAUCAAGCUACCCAGAUAUGGAUAUGGGUGCAUUGAAAGCCCAGGUACGAAAUCUAAGUCUCCCAGUCAACAUAGCUUGGAUAGGGCCUAAUCUUAGAGAAUUUGUUGACGAACGUGUGAGCAGAAAUCUUCCGGUACUGUUCUUCAGCUGGGAUCCAAACAUUUUAACUGCAGGGAAACUUUUUACAAGAAUUAAAUUCCCAUUAUGCCAAAAUGACCUAACCCGCCUACCGAUGGACUGCGAUUUUGGCUUGAACCAGUUCACAAAAGUUGUGUGGUCCAAGCUAAAGACGAGCAUUCCAGAGGCAUAUCAUGUGAUAUCGAAAUUAAAAUUCCACCAAGAUGAAUACAUCAGGUUAUUACAGAUGUUCAGAAGUUAUUCUUACGCAGAUGAAAUUGCAUGUGCCUGGAUUCAAAAUCACAAAAAAAUCUGGAAAUUAUGGUUGCCAGACAAUUUAUCCAACAAAACGAGAAUCUAUUUAGGAGGACUUUUCCCACUUACAGGGCAGUACUGGAUGGAGCCAGGGCUUGUUCAAGGUGGUGAGUUAGCCCUGGACCUGAUCAACCAGGAUCCGACUAUUCUACCUGAACACCAGCUUGAACUGGUUGUUAGCAACAGUGAAUGUCUACCGGAUGUUUCUAUGAAGGCCUUUAUAAAAUACAUCACAAAUGCUACAGUGCCUAUAGCCGGAAUACUUGGUCCAGGCUGCUCUGAUGAAGCCGGGCCCAUCGCAGCUUUAUCAAGACAUUUUAACAUGCUGGUAAUUAGCUAUGGAGCAGAAGCCUCGUCAUUGUCGGACAGACAGAAAUACCCGUACUUUUACCGGACCAUUCCACAGGUGGACCAUCACAAGUUUGUGUAUGAAAGUUUCUUCAAAGCCAUGCACUGGAAACAGGUUGGUGCUAUUUCCGAGGGUGGUCACGAAUUUCCCAAUUACCAUCUCCUGCUGCAGGAGCAUUUGCAGCAUUCAGGAAUAUCAGUGGUUGUUAAACGUAGACUGGUGCGCAACUUUAAUCUAAAUGAACUUGAUGUGUCACAGAUAUUUGCUGAUCUGCGAGCACAGAAUGUUAGAGUGAUUAUCGCCGACGUAUUUGUGUUUGCUGCACGAGCUGUGAUGUGUGAGGCUUGGAGACAGAGGAUGACUGCACAUGAAGGUUAUGUUUGGUUUUUACCGUCCUGGUAUGCCAAGCAUUGGUGGGACGUGGAUUACUACAACAGUCCACCGAGCCCCGGAGAUAAUCGUCCGCAGGAACACAUACCAUGUACUACAGAAAAUAUGGAGUAUGCGGUAGAUGGACACUUCAUUUUGCAGAAGACAUUUUCUGAUCCGGACAACACACGUGUUGUCGGAGGGAUUACCAUCAAACAAUACAAAGACCUGUACAAGUUACGUGUAGGAAAAGCGGACUUUGAUGAGACACCAUUUGCCUCCUUUGUGUAUGAUGCUGUUUGGACAUAUGCUAAGGCCCUGGACAGAUUGCUGAGAAGACGUCCUGGGGCCCUGGAAGAUAUCCACUCAAAUGAUAAUACAAAUAUUUUUGUGGACGAAAUCAAUAAGACUAAUUUUCAAGGGGUGUCGGGCCAUAUCCAUUUUAAUGGGGGAGACAGGCCAGGAACCAUUUCUAUUGUGCAAUAUUUUCUCAAUGAGACACGCCUUAUUGGUCGUUAUGAGCCAGGUCCUGACAACCAGAAAGGGACUCUUGAAAUAAAAAGUUCAAGUCUAAGAUGGUUGACAGUAGGCGGAAUGAAACCAACAGAUGGAAAUCCAGAGGAGCAGCAUUGUGUUAUUGAAGGUUUUCGCGUGUUGUUCAACAUAACAUGUGAGCUGGCCAUUGUGAUAGCCAAUGUAAUGGCCUUCGGUACCUUCGUUAUCAUCCUUAUAUGUGUCCUUAUCUUCUUCAAAGUCAGGUACGAUAAAAAGGUGAAGGCCACACAUCAGCGUAUGCGGGAACUUGGAUUGCUGACUAAUGACUUCUCCCAGUGUUUCUCCUUAGAUGAAUGGGAAAUUCCUCGAGAAAAAGUUGUGCUUAAUCGUAAGUUAGGAGAAGGUGCAUUCGGGACUGUUUAUGGUGGUGAGGCCCAGAUCGAUGAGGAGGAAUGGGUGGCCGUAGCUGUCAAAACACUGAAAGUUGGCUCAUCAGUCCAGGAGAAGGUUGAUUUUCUGAGUGAAGCCGAGUUGAUGAAAAGAUUUAGUCACCAGAAUAUUGUAUCAUUAUUGGGUGUGUGUACGAGAGAAGAGCCAGCGUACUUCAUCAUGGAGUUCUUACUGCAUGGCGACUUAAAAACCUACCUCCUGUCAAGACGUAACAUGGUGGGCUCUCUAGCCAAGGAAGCUGAGGAUGUGAAUGCCCACAACCUUACACAGAUGGCCCUAGAUGUGGCCCUAGGGCUCAGAUAUCUUCAUGAUCUCAAAUUUGUACAUAGGGAUUUAGCAUGCAGAAACUGCCUCGUGAAUUCCAAUGGAAUGGUGAAGAUUGGAGACUUUGGAAUGACGAGACCUGUCUGUGAUACUGACUAUUAUAGGUUUAAUAAGAAAGGUAUGUUGCCUGUUAGAUGGAUGUCGCCGGAGAGCCUCUCAGAUGGUUAUUUUAGCACCAAAUCCGAUAUCUGGAGUUACGGCAUCCUUAUAUACGAGAUUGUUACAUUUGGAAGUUUCCCGUACCAGGGACUGUCAAACAGUCAGGUACUGGAGUUUGUGAAGAAUGGAGGACGUUUAAAUCUGCCAAGAAACUGCCCUGAAGAUUUAUGCAACUUCAUAUAUGCAUGUUUGGAAGUGGAUAUGAAUGAUCGACCAGAAAUUGAAGACACUAUCGAUGAUCUCACCAAAAAUACGGAACUUUUACAACCGUGUCUGAAUGCUCCUACCACCAGUGUUGUGAUAGAAGAUUUGGAAUCAUUUGAAAUCCCACCCGCCUCGUGUCAGAACACUGUCACGCAAUCAAAUGCUAUCAAAUUUAGCUCAUUGAUAAAUAGACGUUCAUUCUACGGGAGUUCUUCCCAGGAAAAACUUAACAGUGUUAAACGUUGGAGUGGCUCACACGGUGUGAAAAAUGUAACAGCGAAAUCGGGCUUCAUGCCUUUUUUUCCGAUAACAGUCGGAAGACCAAGAAGUAGCAGUGUAGGGUCGCCACUUGACUUUGAUUAUGAAAAACAUAACACUAACGAUAGUUCAAAACCAACCUCUCCAUCAAGAACUAGAAAAGACAAAUCAAAACGUCACUCAGAAGAGUUUUCAAGUUCAAGUUACAGUAAAUAUAUUCCGUUGCUAAGCAACUCGUACUAUAGCAGGGACCAGUCUAGUGAUUACUAUAGUGAUACUUCCAAAGAAAUGUGUCAAAAUAUAACCUCAGUAUGACAAUGAAGCACAGUACAACCAUUAAUUUAACUGCUGAAUUUCAAACAUUUACACUGUCCUAAAUUAGUAUUAAUUUUGCUGCUGAAUUUCUUUAGUAGUCAAUGACUUGAGCAACUACUGCUAAAUUAUCAUUGAUAUUACUGCUGAAUUUCUGUAAGUCAAAGAUUUAAAACAGUUUUACUGCUGAAUUAGUGGUCAUUUUACUGCUGAAAUUCUACAGCCAACAAAUAUUAAAGUAAUUUUAUUGCCGACUUACAAAAUACAUUAUCAGUGUUGUAUUGAUUAAUUUGAAUAACCACCACAGACAUCAGCAAUUCUACUUCUGAACUGUUCUCAGUUUUACUGCUGAAUUUCUUGUAAGAUGUCACUUACUUACAUUUAAGAAAGGGUUGUACUGUGCUUCUUUGUGAUUUUAUUGUUUACUAUGUUAGGGCAGUAAGUCAGUAAGAGCCACAAUAUCCUGUUUGAAGUCCCAUAGUUAUAGGUUAUUAGAUUUGUAUCGAGAAAUAUGCUUGAGUUCUGUGGCGGCGGAAAUAUUGCGCAACUUAAGGAACGCAAUAUUAUUCCGCGAAAGAACGAGUGCAUAUUUCUUGAUGCAAAUCUAAUAAUCUUUUUAUUACAUACGGUGAAAUUGAAAAUAUCAUUGUUAAAGAACUUUUAAACGCAACCACAUGCAUGAAACUGACGUCACAAAUGACGUCACACAUCCAAUAUGAAAUGAAAAAAUAUGGGUGAAAUUGAAAAUAUCGUCAUUAAAGAACUUUUAGACGCGACCACAUACAUGAAACUGACGUCACAGAUAAGAAAUUUGAACGUCAGUAUGAAAAAAUAUUGACGUUUCAGGUUCCAUUUAAAAUUUAACAAGAGUUAUCAAAUAAGCAUGUAAUAAUUCCUUUUAUUUGCGCCUACCAUCUCUCACAGAUUUGUAUUGCUUAUCUAAAAAAAUCAAGAUAAAUGCAUCCUCCUGCAUCAGCAUAGCUAUGUCAUUGAUACAGGUUUUUCUUGUGACAUUAUGGUAUAACAAAAUGAGGAUGGUCAUUGGUUUGUGACAUCUUUUUGUCGUAAUACUUGAUAAUGUGAAAAAUGAUGUGAUAAAUCCCAUAAUUAGCUUAUAUAACAAAGCUGCUUGUAUAUUACAUAGCUGAUAGCUUAAAGGUAGAAAUUCCUUCAAAUUUCUAACGUUGGUAAUACGAAGCUACCUUCUUGGAGCUAACCCCUCUGUUAAGGCUAAAAUUUGAUUGUUGUAAAGCGGUUGUUGCUCUGUACAGGUUAAUUUACUGAUAUUCUAAUCUAAUAGAAAAUCUAAUGUUAUAGGAAAAAAAAUAUUGACCUUUAUAGUGAGGUGUUUGCUCUUCAGAUGUAUUAUAAACUGAGGUUUUGCUGUAGUGCUUACUGAUUUACUGUCGCCGACUGUGAAGUGUUAUAUAUAAUAUAGACUUGUGUUUUACUACUACUGUGUUUUAUGUGUUCCCUCAGAAACAUUCCAGACAACUAUACAAUCAUUCCCAUAUAAUGUCUUUUUGUAUGUGUAAUUUAUUUCCUUCUUAUAUGUAUUUUAACAUCAUUGUUUUGUAAUACCUGUGUAUGCAUAUGUGCUUAACCCUUAGCCUGCUGGCGGCAGAUGAUUCUGCCUUUGCGACCAGUGCAGACCAAGAUCAGCCUGCACAUCCGUGCAGUCUGAUCAUGGUCUGCACUGUUCGCUAUAAAUGAUAAAUGGUACUGUCCAAAUUGAAAGAUGGACCAGUCCAUUAUAGAAAUUUAGCAGGGUAAGGGUUAAAUUUCUUUCAUUUUCGUCUUGCAUUUGCAGAUUCUGAAGCUUUAUUCCAUGUUUUACUUUUAAAGGGGCAUGCCUACAAAAGUUCAUAAGGUUUACUGCCCACCAAUCCAAAGGCUCACCAGUCCGAAGGCCCACCAGUCCAAAGGCUCACCAGACUGAAGGCCCACCAGUCUGAAGGCUCACCAGUCUGAAGGCUUACCAGACCAAAGGCCCACCAAUCCAAAGGCUCACCAGACCAAAGGCCCACCAGUCUGAAGGCUCACCAGACCAAAGGCCCACCAGUCUGAAGGCUCACCAGACCAAAGGCCCACCACUUUGAAGUCCAGCCAGUCUAAAAUUGAAGAAUGAAUUUAGUUAAUUUUAUGUUAUUCCUGUUAUUAGAAAUGUAAGAAAAAAAACACAAAAUGUUGCAUAGCUGUGAUAUGUACAGUUGUAUAUUUCAUCCAGAAUGUAUUUAUCUUUUUAGAUUGACUAUUCAAAGAAUAGGUAGAGCUAUUGCACUCAUCCUUUCACUGGCUUUCGAGUCAGUGUCCCGAUUUGUUCAAAUGUUUAUAUGUAAGCUGGUAUUUCAGAAAUAAUUUGUAGAAAUGGAUUGAAAAUUCACAUGCUUCAUGUGAUGAACAGAUUUACAGUGCACAGGUUCCAUAACUCGAUUUUUUUUUGUUUCUUGUAAAAUUAUGCCCAUUUUGGAGUUCACAGUUGUCUAUUAAAUUUCUGUAUGUUAGUUGACAUCUCAGUAUUGUUGGUUAAAGUUUUUGAUAAAGUCAAAUAUUUCUGUUACUAUCAAAGCUAUUGAAUUGAAACUUAAAAUACUUAUAUACUAUCAAAGUCUACACCAGGAGAAACAAUCCCCAUAACUGAUUUGAAUCUUGACAGAGUUAUGCCCCUUAUUAACUUAGAUUUUUUUGUUAAAUUUUUUGACAAAGUCAAAUAUCUCUGUUACUAUCAAAGCUUUUGACUUGAAACUUAAAAUAGUUAUUUACUAUCAAAGACUUCACCAGGAGAAACAAUCCCUUUAACUCUGAUUUGAAUUUUGACAGAGUUAUGCCCCCUUUUAACUUAGAAAUUUUUGGUUAAAGUUUUCGAUAAAGUCACAUAUCUCUGUUACUAUCAAAGCUUUUGACUUGAAACUUAAAAUAGUUAUUUACUAUCUAAGUCUACACCAGGAGAAACAAUCUUCAUAACUCUGGUUUGAAUUUUGACUGAGUUAUGCCCCUUUUUAACUUAGAAUUUUUUAGUUUUAUGAAGUUUUUACUGGCAAAGCUCUAAUUCAGAGUCAAGCACUGAGAUAAGUCGAGCAUGCUGUUUUUUGGACAUCUCUUGUUUUACUUUAGAGUUCAUUCAGUUAAUUUUCUGUAGUGACAAGUCUGUUGAAUAAUCGAGUGUUGCUCUCCUCCCGGAGCUUUUGUUUGAAUGAAAACUAUUUUAAUGUCCUGCUACAUUUCAUGGAUUGACUCAUAUCCCAUUUUGAAAGUGAACAACUUUUUUAAAACAUUUAUUUUGACAUUUGAUUUAUAUUAAUUGUGAAUAACACUAGCUAAAAACUAGUGCUACUAUUUUACAUUUUGUACAGAUUUGAAACAAAAUAAUAUACAACAAAAGCGUGUUUAAAUCAAUUUUAAUUUUUCGAAUUGGUUAUCGAAGGUAUUAAUUCACCUUGGCUAUGCCCUCAUGGAAUUAUUCAAGGGACUCUUAAGUCCCUUUGUCAUUAUUAAAUAUGUUAAGAUCUAUGUUAUUUAUUAUAUAAAUUCCAAAACUUUAACAAGUUUAACCUCAAAAGUUUCUAACAGUGUAACAGUUAACCUCAAUGUAAUGUUAAGUUUUAAAAUGUAUAUUGUUUUUAUUGACAUUUUUAUAUAAGGUUCUCAUAUUUUAAAACUGGUGUUGAGAAACCAGUCUCUGAAUUCAAGUUAACCAUUGGUCAAUUUCAAGCUUGCAGUCAGAAUUAACCAAUCAAAUUCUUGAGAUUUGAAAUUGGUUCUUUGCUUUCUUGGAUAUUUUUUUUUACAAUUUUUACUUGUUAUUUUUAAUGUUUCUAUUAGAUUUAUCACACAUCUUAUAUUGCAUAAUUUGUUUAUUUUUGAAGAACAUCUUUGUCAUUUUCGAAUAUAAAAAGUGCUUGUUUUAUGCCUAAAGUGCAGCCAUUGUGAUAAGGUGCUAUCUUUUUUGGGAACAAAGUUUUAUAUGAAUAUAUUAUAGUCCGCUUACCAUAUUUACUUUCCUAUAAGUUGGUCACAGCCAUUUAAGUUGAGAUGAUGCACUGCAUUAAAGUAGCGGCCAUGUAAUGACGAUUGUCAAAAUCCAUUCCUGAUAAAGUUUUCUCUGUAUGUGAUUUUAGCAUUUCCUGGUCACUGUGGAAAGGUACCCUCUUGUCUGCACUACAGUUAUGGCCUAAGAUGUAGAAAUAGCAAACAAGAAUUAUAUGUAAUAACAUUGAAAUUGCUGCUUGUCAUUUAGGGUCCACACCUUAAUUGAUGUAAUUACUUUUAACAAAAAUAAACUUUUGGCAACUGUAAGUUACUGUACUAGGUUUAUACCGAGAAAUAUUUGGGAGUGCAACAUUAAUCUGCAAAAGAGAAAGUGCAUAAUUUUGAUGCAUAGAUAAUAUUCUUUUUGAUAAUAUUCUAUGUUAAUAAACUGAUACAUAUUUUGUCAUUAAGACUGAAUAAUGUUUUUUUUUUUUAAAAAAAAAGCAAUGUAAUUUUUUAUGUGAAGACACGCAUAUAUUUAGUAAAAAAUUGAGUAUCUAGCAUUUUCCAAACAAUGACUGCUUGAUCAGUAAAUUACAUUAGGUUAUAAGUAUUUCACUCUAACAUACACAACACUGUAUUGAUCGACAAAUUAAAUUUUAUGUUUUUAAGUUUGUCUAAAGCACUCCUCUAAAAUUCUUGUUAUUUUGAAUGAAUUAUUAUCAAGCCUAGUUGUUUAUGAUAUUGUUAUUCCUACAAAUAUAAUGAUCAAGAAAUGUUAAAGAUUCAAAGUGUGUGGAAUUAGCGAAUACAGCAUAUAGGUGAAAAUUUGAACAUUUCUUAAACAGUUUGACCAACUAAACUGAAAAAUUAUCUUCAGUGAUCUACACAUGAAUUCAAAAAGUAUGUGUUGGUAAUAUGGACAUGUUCUGUAAGUUUUGUUCAAUCAGUAUCUAUAGUAACAAAACAAUUGAAAUGAAACACAUUCUUUUGCAGUAAUUAACGUUAAAGGCUGUCAAUCAUUUUUCCAAAACUUAAGUACAUGUAUUGAAUUUGAAGUGAGCUUUAAGUCUAUUCAGGUAGGUCAAUGUUCCAUUAGAACAUAACUAAGUAAGUUAGAUUGUGUGAAUGUUCCAAAACUAAGUCAAUUAUGUUCUAAGUACCAAAGAGUCACAAUAUGUUUUUAAGUUAAUUUGAAUUCCUGAUUGUGUGAAUGUUCCAGUACUAAGUCUUCAGGGAUUUUUUUAAUGUUCCAAAGAAAAAGAAAAUACAGUGUUGAUAUCAGAUCUAUCAAUGGCUGAAACUAGGUAGAAAUCAGAAGUGCCAUUGAAGUAACUGGCUGAAUUAUUGUCAAGUGUCUACUUAAUAUACUAAAUGGAUCAGAUUUUCAUUAUGUAACUAUGUCAUUUUAUGUCUUAUAUGAAUUAGUUUUUUCACUAUGUGUGUUUCUACUGUUAUGAUCUUGAUUAAAUUAUUUUAAAAUAA